AUGAAUGGAACUGUUUUAAACUCUACCACUACGGUGCUAGAAAAUUAUUCUCUUUUAAACGACUAUAUGCCAACUUUAGAUCGUCCUUUCUUCAAUAUCUCACUCUGGGAUAACUUCAAUGCCCUUGUAACAUGUGCCACCAAUGGUAGAUUUGUUCCAAAUGAAUUCGAAUUUGUCCCAGGUAAAUUACCAUUGAGUACGUUACCUGAAGUCCUAGCUGCUAUCGCUACUUACUACAUCGUCAUCUUUGGCGGUAGAGCAGUCUUAAGCAACUCUGAACCUUUCAAAUUGAACGGUAUUUUCCAACUUCACAACUUACUAUUGACUUCUGGAUCCUUUAUUUUACUUGUCCUAAUUGCAGAACAAGCUAUUCCAGUGAUUGCCAGACACGGUUUCUAUUAUGCCAUCUGUGAUAUCGGCGCAUGGACCCCACAACUAGUCUUCCUUUACUACGUUAAUUACCUUUUCAAGUACUACGAAUUCGUUGACACUCUAUUUUUGGUCUUCAAGCACAAGAAAUUAACUUUCUUACACACUUACCACCACGGUGCUACCGCUUUACUUUGUUACACUCAAUUAAUAGGUACUACAUCUAUCUCUUGGACAGUCAUCUCUAUGAAUUUGGCCGUCCAUGUCUUAAUGUACUGGUACUAUUUCCUAGCUGCUAGAGGUAUCAGAGUUUGGUGGAAAGAGUGGGUCACUAGAUUCCAAAUCAUUCAAUUCAUCUUAGAUAUCGCACUUAUCUAUUUUGCCGUUUACCAAAAAGCUGCUCACUUAUUUUUCCCAACUUUACCACAUUGUGGUGACUGUGUUGGUUCCCCUCCAGCUACUUUCUCUGGUUGUGCCAUCAUCUCCUCUUACUUAGUUUUAUUCAUCAGUUUCUACAUCAACGUUUACAAGCGCAAAGGAACCAAGACUAGUAGGGUCGUUAAACGUGCUCACGGUGGUGUUGCUGCCAAGGUCAACGAAUACGUCAAUGUUGAUAUCGACACUGUUGCUACCCCAUCUCCUUCUCCAACCCCUGAUGCUAGAAGAAGAAAAUAA